GUAGAUAUUCACAGAAAAAAAUCAAGCCCUUGUUAUCUCUAAGGCAAAGAUUUCCUGGAAAAAUCAAAUCGUGGUGAAAUUUGUGUCGCAUGAUCCUCUGAUUUCAAUUCCCCAACCCCAAUGGCGGGAGCAGGGCGUCUUCUCGCGGCGGAUUUCGCGAUUUCGCUGAUGUGGGUGUUCUCGAACGAGCUAAUCAAGAUUUUCUCCUUGGGUUACGCCGCUUCUCAGCUGGAUGCCGACAUUCUUAAAUGCGCCCUCUCCGUUGCCAACAUGUUCGCCUUCGCCUACAUGGGCAAGCUCACCCACGGCGGCGCCUACAAUCCACUCGCCGUCUUGGCCCCCGCUAUUUCCGCUGAUUUUUCCAAUUUCCUUUUCACUGUUGGCGCCCGAAUCCCUGCGCAGGUGGUUGGGUCAAUUUAUGGUGUGAGGCUCAUUAUGUCGACCUUCCCUUGGAUGCAACACAAGCCACACUUGAAAGUUGACAUAGCAACGGGCGCACUGACAGAAGGUCUCCUGGCCCUUGCCAUCGUGACCAUCACCCUUGGCCUGGCUAGAGAGGAUUUCUUUAUGAAAACUUGGAUUUCCAGUCUUGCAAAACUAACUCUCCACGUUCUUGGUGCAGAUCUAACCGGUGGAUGCAUGAACCCAGCUCCUGUAAUGGGGUGGGCUUUUGCUAAUAAGCAACACAUCACCAAAGAGCAUUUGGUUGUUUACUGGCUUGCACCAGUCGAGGCCACUUUGAUAGCUGUUUGGUUGUCUAGAAUACUAUAUGGAACAAAAAAGGACAAGCGCGCAGCUGUGAAGGACACAUCCCCACAUCAGAAGUCGAAAAAAUCAGACUGAACGUGUCAUUCAUCAUUUAGUUGUACAGUUAAAGAUGCAGUUUUUGGUUAUUAUUUGGUAUCUAUGUCUAGCUUCAGUCAUGUAGUUGAGCAAGUCUAUGUAAGUAGGAAAUCAAGACAUUGAAAUCCAAGGCAUUGUUCAUUCCAUUUUUACUA